GCCAACACACAAAUUAAACUAUUCUACUAUGGCUCUAAAGAAAGCAACUCAAACAGCAGCUCUUAAACAAAUCUUGAAAAAAUGUUCUAGCUUUGGAAAAAAUGAAAAUGGGCUACCAAAUGAUGUCCCAAAAGGACAUUUUGUGGUAUAUGUGGGAGAAAAUAGGAGCAGAUAUAUUAUUCCAAUUUCUUGGUUGACUCAUCCUGAAUUUCAAAGUUUGCUUCAAAGGGCUGAAGAAGAGUUUGGAUUUAAUCAUGAUUUGGGAAUUACUAUUCCUUGUCAUGAACAUGAUUUCUGCACUCUUAUUUCUAACUUUUGAUCG